GAUUCUGCCUUCAAAGGUUGGCUUGCCACCUGAAGCAGCCACUGCCCAGGGGGUGCAAAGAAGAGACAACAGCGCCCAGCUUGGAGGUGCUAACUCCAGAGGCCAGCAUCAGCAACUGGGCACAGAAAGGAGCUCCCUGGGCAGGGACCAUGGCACAGCCACAUCCCUGGUGGCUGUGCGUUCUGGGGACCCUGGUGGGGCUCUCAGCUACUCCAGCCCCCAAGAGCUGCCCAGAGAGGCACUACUGGGCUCAGGGAAAGCUGUGCUGCCAGAUGUGCGAGCCAGGAACAUUCCUCGUAAAGGACUGUGACCAGCACAGAAAGGCUGCUCAGUGUGAUCCUUGCAUACCGGGGGUCUCCUUCUCUCCCGACCACCACACCCGGCCCCACUGUGAGAGCUGUCGGCACUGUAACUCUGGUCUUCUCGUUCGCAACUGCACCAUCACUGCCAAUGCUGAGUGUGCCUGUCGCAAUGGCUGGCAGUGCAGGGACAAGGAGUGCACCGAGUGUGAUCCUCUUCCAAACCCUUCGCUGACAGCUCGGUCGUCUCAGGCCCUGAGCCCACACCCUCAGCCCACCCACUUACCUUAUGUCAGUGAGAUGCUGGAGGCCAGGACAGCUGGGCACAUGCAGACUCUGGCUGACUUCAGGCAGCUGCCUGCCCGGACUCUCUCUACCCACUGGCCACCCCAAAGAUCCCUGUGCAGCUCCGAUUUUAUUCGCAUCCUUGUGAUCUUCUCUGGAAUGUUCCUUGUUUUCACCCUGGCCGGGGCCCUGUUCCUCCAUCAACGAAGGAAAUACAGAUCAAACAAAGGAGAAAGUCCUGUGGAGCCUGCAGAGCCUUGUCGUUACAGCUGCCCCAGGGAGGAGGAGGGCAGCACCAUCCCCAUCCAGGAGGAUUACCGAAAACCGGAGCCUGCCUGCUCCCCCUGA